AUGUCGGAUAUUGAAAAAUAUCGUCGAGCGGCAGUGAUCGUUCAGAGCGGUUUAAUCUUUGCUUUUAAAGAAUUACACCGUGAUUUUGGAGACAAAACGAUUGGCCAGGUCUGCCGAAGCGUUGAUGAGUUUUUGGCUCGUGAAGUAUCUCAUUGCUACAAAGCUGUAGAGGAAAAGGGUAUCGCUUUACCUACAGAGAUCUCAAAGAAUGAUUUCGUAUCCGGCGUGGCACCUGAGGAGGCUGAUAUAUUCCAGGGCGGUGUCAUUGGUGAAGGAGACGUAGUUAAAGUCGCUCUUGGUGUGUAUAUUGACGGCUACACUGUUCAAGCAGCUCAUACAGUGAUUGUCCGGGAAAGAGUUCCUCAGGAGCCUUGGACCGGCUUUGAUGCCGAUACAGCAAUUGCAGCAUAUCUUGCCAAUGAAGCAGUGAUUUCUCUGUUGAGUAUCUGUCUCUCUGGCAGCCACCCGCUCGCUGGAUCAGGACCUGUUAGCGGUAGCCGGGUGCGGGCAGUUGUCGAUAGCAUUGCCAAGACGUAUAACUGUGAAGUUGUAGCCGGGUCGACGGUUCGCAAGAUCAAACAGUUUGUUGCUGGUCAAAAAACGGUCCACGAGCGUAACGCCAAGGCCGUUGAAUGGUUUGAGGAGACCCCCAUCAAGGGGUACACUGAAGCAGACAACUUUUUGUUUGAGGCGGGUGAUGCAGUGCUAAUCGAUUUGAAUGUGGCCAGUUUGAAAAACGCCGAGGGCAGAAUCAAGCUUGUCGAGUUCAAUGGUUCUGGCAAUGCACUAGAAAAGCCCACUGUGUAUGCCCGCGACCACACCGUUGCCUAUGCUUUGAAAACAUCGAAUGCUCGGGCAUUGCUGGCAAAGGCAAACCGGCAGUCAGUGUAUCCUUUCAAAUUGAGCUACUUGACUAGCGAUGAGAGAGAGCUGCGCAGUCUGCGGCUGGGUCUUAACGAGUGCGUCCAGCGCCGCUUGCUGGUUGCGUAUCCCCGACUGCAAGCUCAGUUUGUUCCCCUCAGCAAGAAGCAGGGCGUCCCUGUGAAUGUUGCCAGAGAGAUGACUACUGUGGUGUUGAUCCCCGGUGCCAAGUCUGCAUCGGGUUUCCCUGAGCUGUUACGACUUGGUGGAGGACGGCAAUUCCCUCCUUCCUGGACGCACAGCGAGCUCGCCCUUGCAGAUGAAGACGCUGCAGCUUUGUUGAAUGCCCGUGCAGAAAAGUUCGCCGCAGUGCGGUUCAUAGAGGUCACCGGCCGGGUAAGCGAGGGAGAAGAAGCAGCGGCGGCGGCGUCGGCCAUGGACAUUGAGUAG